ACUAGUAUGUAUUUGUUUGUGUCAUGUUCUUCAAUGAAUUCUUCGGUAAUCAAUUAAAUUCGAAAUAAAAAUUCUUUGUUUGCGUUAACUAUAAAACUAGUUAUUCUAAUUCGGGCAUGUUGCGAUAUAUUAGCCGGUGCUGUCCUCCAAACGAAUUGAUAAACGCAGCCGUCAGUUUUACCGCCAAUUCGCGUAUUGUUUUUAAAAAUGUGCGUUAGAGCGCGCGUUUAGAAAUAGUAAUUGACGUUUAAAAAAAUAACUUUUGUUUGUUUAAUUUGUAUAAUAAAAUAUAAUGUUAUGAUGAUUUAAACUAAUUAAAUAAUGCUAAGAAAUGUUUGAAUUAAAUAGUUUAAAUGUGUUUGUGAACAAUUUCUUGGGAUUUGUGCAAUCGACCAGUUAUUUGCCGUGGGUGAGAUGGUUGCUGAAGUUGAUGGCUUUGGCUCAAGCAAUAAUACCAGCAGGAUGGCCACAGUCUUAUCCAUUAAGCGAUGGAGAUAAGUUUGACUUCAUCGUGGUUGGCUCGGGCAGUGCGGGAGCCAUCGUGGCGGCGCGGCUGAGCGAAGUACCACACUUCAAGGUCCUGCUGCUGGAAGCUGGAGGAGAUCCACCACCAGCUAGUGUGGCCCCCAGUCUGUUUGGGACACUAGGUCAUACGGAAUAUGACUGGGACUACAAAGCUUAUCUCGAUAAAAAUACUGGCACAGUACACCCGGACAGAGCAAUUUACAUGACUCGCGGUAAAAUGCUCGGUGGAUCGUCGUCCAAUAAUUUCGAAGUUUAUUCAAGAGGAGUCCCUGAAGAUUAUGAUGAGUGGGCACAGGUUGCUAAUGGUUGGUACUGGGCCUCGGUGUUGCCAUAUUUCAAAAAGUUCGAAGGCAUAAAAGAUCCAAGUAUUACGAACAAUCCAAAUCAUCGUGAUUUACAUUCAACCGAUGGUUCAGUAGCGGUUACAAGACCAAAAAGAAAUAGAUAUUUUAGUGAAGUAAACGAUAUCAUUUUAAAUUCAUAUGAAGAAAUGGGAUUGAAAAAAAUUCUAGAGCUGAAUGGACCUGAUAAUUUGGGUGUAAGUCUACCCCAUUUCACUUUCGCAAAUGGAAGGAGAUCGAGCACUGCGGAGGCAUUCUUGAGAGACAAAGAGAGACGUAAUUUGAAAGUAGUUAAAUAUGCAAGAGUUACUAAAAUUCUAAUUGAUGAUAUAACAUCGCGGGUUUAUGGUGUUGAAGUGUUUGUGGAGGGAAAAAAGAUAAACGUAUUUGCUAAUUUGGAAGUUAUUGUAUCAGCAGGAGCGAUUGAUAGUCCAAAACUUUUAAUGUUGUCAGGCAUCGGACCGAGAGAAGUUUUAACUACGAUCGGUAUAAACGUAAUUGUAGAUUUACCAGUAGGUAAAAAUUUACAAGAUCAUCACUAUACGCCGAUUGUGUUCACAGGGCAACGAGGUUUACAAAGUGUAGUGCAAAAUUUGUUAGUACCCACCGAGUUAGAUUCAUACCCAGUACCGAUACAAUCUGGUUUCUUCAGAGUGGAUAAAUGGGGAUAUUCACAAAGGCCACAAUUUCAAAUCUUCAACGUUAGAAUCGGGGCUACCGCGUCGCCUAUGAUUUUAUUUGGAUUCCGUGCUAUAACUAAUUUCGAUGAACCUUUUUCUUAUUCAAUAAGUAAAGCUAAUGUUGACCGUGAAAUAGAUGUAACGUCUGUUAUAAACGUGCAUCCUCGUUCAAGAGGUGAAGUUACAUUAAAAAGUUCUAAUCCUUUCGAUGAUCCAAUUAUAAACAUGGGUUAUUAUAGAGAUGAGGAAGAUAUUGAGACGACAUUUCAAGGUCUGAAGUUUAUGUUAAGCUAUUCAAACACAACAUAUAUGAGAAAAGUUGGAGGGAAGAUUGUUAAAUUAGAUGUGAGUGCUUGUAACCACCUUAAAUGGGGAUCUGAUGAGUAUUGGAGAUGUUACGUACGGCACGCUGUAGGCUCAAUGCUGCACCCAGUGGGGACGUGUGAGAUGGGACCUUAUGGUGUAGUAGACGAGAGACUGCGAGUGUACGGUGUGUCUGGUCUGAGAGUGGCUGAUGCAUCGGUGAUGAUGACAAUCCCCAGUGGCAACACAAAUGCACCGACUAUGAUGAUCGGUGAGAAGGCAGCGGAUUUAAUUAAGGCAGAUUACAAUGCACUGUACCAAGAGAAAUAUUUCAUUUAAUAAGAAAUAGUUGUUGUAAAACUUAUUUUAUUUUAAUAAUUAUUUACUAUUAAAUACAAUGUUCUCAAAGUGGACAUAUUAAAAACAUAACUAUGCAUUUUUUUUCUGGUGAAAUUGUUUGUCAAUUGUUCUUCAGUGGCUUGUGAUGUAAAUAUUUAGAAUUCAGUUUUAUCCUUUACAAGAAUUAAAAAGUUAAUUUCAACAUAUAACUAUUAAAUAUGCAUCAUAUAUAAAAUGGUUUAAUAUACUUAAUCAUUAAUUAUUUACAUGUAAAAUACAUUUUAUUACAUAAUUUACUUUAAGCAACAACAAAAUUUAGACCACGAAUACAACUAUCAAGGUUACAGUUUCGUCAGAACAUAUUUCUAGUUUCUAACAUUAUUUUAAAGGUCUUUCUUUU